AUGGUUUGUUCGCGGUUUUUGUUCGUUUUGCUUGCUGGUGUUGUCUGUUCGUUCUGCGGUAAGGAUUUUGUCUCGCUGGGCCGCCAUGCGUGACGCUGUAUUAAAACAUAGAAUUACUCGAGCGGAGCGUACUUCUGCUGGAGUGGAUGAGGAUGCGAAUGAGUCAGUCGCUGCAGAUGCUUCUUCUAUACGAUUGAAGAUGCAUCAAAGGAGUUGUAGAGUUGUUUUGGGUUUGAAUGAUCAACUUCGUGCUGACCUCAAUGAUGCCGUACUCACUGACCAAGAAUCCGGCGAUGUAAGUGAUCCUUUGACGGCCUCCGGUGUCCCUUCCCCUCAACCUGAAGACCACUGCUUUCCCGACGAAUAUUUUAAAUCCAUAUUAUCUCUGAAUCCUCCAAUCACUGUUCAGAAUCUCAGCUCACGUUUUAAACUUCUGAACGACACUGUUUAUGACUAUUUCUCUGCUAAUUUUGGUCAAGUUGCACGAGCUCCUGAUGAAAGCCUGAUAAGGAAAUACGAAGGCAAAUCUAAAAAUGAUCUGAAGAAAUCUCUCAAAGUCUUGAAGCAGUUCGCUAACGCUGACAUCACCGAAAUCAAAUACGUAUCUGGCUUAUUGCGUGACAUACUACGAGACAACACGUCGUGUCAAGUCAACGCUGACCUCAUGAAUCAUGAUUAUUCCAUCUCUAAAAACUAA